AUGUCCGCCCAGAGCCUGCUGAACAGCGUCUUCUCCUGCUCCUCCCCGGCCGCCGCCUCCUCCAAGAGCCUCUCCAAGCGGAGGCUCCGCCAGACCCGCAGCCUGGACCCAGCCAUCAUCGGCAGCUACAGCCGGGAGGAGGGGGACGCCCCGGCCAGGACGCCCCGAGCCAGGGCGGCUGGCGGCCCCUCGGCGGAGUGCCUAGCCGCCUUCUCCUCUCGCGCCCUGCUGCGCCCGGGGGGCGGCCCGCUCUGCGGCUCGCUCUCCACUCCCAGCACCCCGCUGGAGAAGUCCCCCUCGGGCAGCUUCCACUUCGAGUACGAGUCUAGCCCCCGGGGCAAGAGGAACACGGCCUGGGAGCUGCCCUUCCUGGCGCGCACGCCCUCCGCCUCCGCCCUCAGCGCCCCUGGCGGCGGCGCCGGCACCAACAGCAUCUUCUCCUCCCCGAGGAAGUGGCUCCAGCAGAGGAAGGGGCAGCAGGCGCCCAGCAGCCACCCCUCCUCUUACAUCGUGUGGAAAUCCGAGGGUGACUUCACGUGGAACAGCAUGUCAGGACGCAGUGUUCGACUGAAGUCAGUUCCCGUUCAAAGCCUUUCGGAGUUGGAGCGUGCCCGACUACAGGAAGUGGCUUUUUAUCAGUUGCAGCAGGACUGUGACCUAGGUUGUCAGAUUACUAUUCCCAAAGAUGGACAAAAGAGGAAAAAAUCCUUAAGAAAGAAACUGGACUCAUUAGGGAAGGAGAAAAACAGAGAUAAAGAAUUCGUACCGCAGGCUUUUGGAAUGCCCUUGUCCCAAGUAAUUGCUAAUGACCGGGCCUACAAACUCAAGCAGGAUUCUCAGAGAGAAGAGCAGAAAGAUGUGUCAGACUUUGUAGCCUCUCUCUUACCAUUUGGAACUAAAAGACAGAACAAAGAACUCUCAAGCAGUAACUCAUCUCUUAGCUCGACCUCGGAAACACCAAAUGAAUCCACUUCCCCUAAUACACCAGAGCCAGCACCACGUGCCAGGAGAAGGGGCGCAAUGUCUGUGGACUCUAUUACAGAUCUUGAUGACAAUCAGUCCCGACUGCUAGAAGCUCUACAACUCUCUUUGCCAGCUGAAGCUCAAAGCAAGAAAGAAAAGGCAAGGGAUAAGAAACUAAGUCUGAACCCUAUUUAUAGACAGGUUCCCCGACUUGUAGAUAGCUGCUGCCAGCAUGUAGAAAAACAUGGUCUCCAGACAGUGGGAAUAUUCAGAGUUGGAAGCUCAAAAAAGAGAGUCAGACAGUUACGGGAAGAGUUUGACCGUGGUGUAGAUGUUGUGCUAGAAGAAGAACACAGCAUCCAUGACGUUGCUGCUUUAUUAAAGGAAUUUCUACGAGACAUGCCAGAUCCACUUCUCACCAAAGAACUUUACACCGCCUUCAUCAACACUCUCUUAUUAGAGCCAGAUGAACAACUAAGCACCUUACAGCUUCUUAUUUAUCUUCUACCUCCCUGUAACUGCGACACCCUACACAGACUCCUGCAGUUCCUCUUUACGGUGGCUAGCCAUGCAGAAGACAGCACAGACAAAGAUGGCCAGGAGGUUAUUGGGAACAAAAUGACAUCACUGAACCUGGCCACCAUAUUUGGGCCUAACCUGUUGCACAAGCAGAAGUCUACAGACAAAGAAUUCACUGUUCAGAGUUCAGCUCGAGCUGAGGAGAGUACUGCAAUCAUUGCUGUUGUACAAAAGAUGAUUGAAAACUAUGAAACCCUUUUCAUGGUUCCCCCUGACCUACAGAAUGAAGUGCUAAUUAGUUUGUUAGAGACUGACCCAGAUGUUGUGGACUAUUUGCUGAGAAGGAAAGCUUCCCAGUCAUCAAGCCCUGAGAUGCUGCGAUCAGAAGGUUCAUACUCUAUGGGAGGGAGACAUUCUUCCACGGACUCCAACAAAGCCUCAAGCGGAGAUGUCUCCCCUUAUGACAACAACUCACCGGUACUGUCUGAACGGUCACUGAUGGCAAUGCAAGAAGAUGUUGCCCUCAGUUCAGAUAAGCUGUACAAGGUACCUGAACAGUACAUGUUGGUUGGCCAUUUGCAAUCUAAAUCAAGAGAGAAUUCAUCUGGAUCAUGGGCUGGGAAAGAUGUUCCAGAGGAUCAUUUCAAUAUCUGGGGCACCUGGCAUUCAACACUGAAACGUGGCUCCAAAGAUCCAGGAAUGACAGGUUCAUAUGGAAACAUUUAUGAAAGCAGCUCAUUGCGACCUGGACGGUGCUCUCUUUCCCAAGGGAACCUAUCAUUGAAUUGGCCUCGGUGGCAGGGUAGUGCCACAGAAUUGGACAAUGGAAAGCAAAUAAUCCAAAGGAGUCAGACUACUGCUGCCAUUCCUGAAUGUAGGCCGCAUCCCCCAGUGUCUCGUGUUUGCAGUACUUCGCAAAUUGAAGGUGGCAGGAGGAAUUCAGACCAGUCCAAUUCAAGGUUUGAGCGGCAUUUGACUUUAAGUAGCGCAGAGGACCUUACAGAGCAUGACUCAAAUGUGAGUUGUUUGCCAAGAACAGCUAAACCUUCGUACCUGAGACAAGAAGAUAUAAGUAGAAAGAAGAGGCCACCACCCCCUUAUCCUGGCCCCAAAAAACAAACUUCUGCAUUGUCCCAGCGACCAACUGUCUCUUCAACAGUGCACUCAUUGUGGAGACUUCAAAGAGCAGAAAAAAGUUCGGGGACCAUAGCAGCAGGAGGACCAGCAGCUGAAUCAACUGACCAAUCCACCUCCAGUCAGCAGUGGCAGGCCUCACAGAACAAAGUGGGUAACACCUAUUCUACUCCAGCCAAUAAUCAGAACAAUAAAAAUGUAUCAGAGCCAGACUGGCAUGAUUGGCAAAAAGAGCGGUGGCAAAUUUGGGAGCUUUUAUCAGCUGAUAACCCAGAUGCCCUCCCUGAAACCCUUGUAUGA